GCACUCCCUCUCCCUGGCCAGCAGGCGAAAAGGCUGCACGAAAGUCUUGCGGGGGGAGAAGAGAUUCAGACGUGACUCCCAGGAUCUAGAAGCUGAAAGCCACUUGGACUUCCUUGUCUGGAGACCAAAAGACCUCCUAACCAAAAAGGGUGAAUGGGCUUGAAGAAUUUCUCCAGGGCGUUGUCGACGGUCCAGAUCGUAUGAAUGAAAAGAUCGUUGGAGUUCCUCAACCUCCAUUGGCCCCAUUGGGAACAAUGCUGGAGUAUGGAGAAGAAAUGGAGGGACAUUACUCAGUGGGCAAGGACUUCCGGGCAGGAGCUGGGCAGAACACCCUGGAGGUGAAAGCCAUUGGUUCAGAGGUCCAGUGCAGACUCUUCAGGAGCAUCCAUUACCAAGAGGCCAAGGGACCCCGUGAGAUUUGCAGCCACCUUCACCACCUUUGCCAUCAAUGGCUGCAACCAUUGAGGAACACCAAAGGGCAGAUGAUGGACCUGGUGGUUCUGGAACAAUUCCUGGCCAUCCUGCCCGCAGAGAUACAGAGUUGGAUCCGGGAGUGUGGAGCAGAGACCAGCUCCCAGGCAGUGGCCCUGGCAGAAGGCUUCCUCCUCAGUCAGGUGGAGGAGCAGAAGGGCCACAUAGAGUUGAAGGUCCAGGCACCAUCUGUAGAGGUCAUUGAACAGCACAGGGAAUGCAGGGAUUUGUCAAAUCCUCUUCAGGAGCUGCUUUUGGGAGGCGUCUCUAAAAAACUAUGUCAGGACACUUCAAAAGGGAACAGAUCAACGCCACCAGCAUUUUUAGGAUCAUCUCCUUUUUCUGGGGUAUCCAAAAGAGCAGCUGGAAUUUCAGCACAGCAGGGCGCUGUGUCCUUCAAGGAGGUGGCUGUGUACUUCUCAAAAGAUGAGUGGUCUCGGCUGGAUGCUCACCAAAAAGCCCUCCAUGAGGAAGUCAUGCUGGAGAAUUCUCGGAAUGUGGCCUCCCUGGGGCGUAAAGGGCAAGGGAAUAAAAACUGCAAGGAAACCCUCCAAACUUGGAUGCUGGAAGAGGGAAAGGAACUGUUUGCAAAUCAAAUGGAACCAAAAACGUCCGUGGACAGUUGCUUCAAAAACGGAAGGAGGCGGGGCUCUUCUUUUCCGUGGCCUCAAAUUCAAGAUUUGUUUGCCCAACCAAACCGCCAUCUUAAAAGCAAGGGGAAAUGUUUCGGGAAAGGGGGAGAAAUAUUGCAGGAUACAUCCGACGUAAAUAAAGCUUGCAGAACCCCAGUCAAAGAACAGAAGAGUCAGUUCAAGGGGAACACGAAAGGUUGCCACCGUACUUUUGCCCUGUCCCUGCGCGAAAGAGUCAGCAUGGGGGAAAAACCCUAUAAAUGCACGGAAUGUGGAAAACACUUCAGCAAUAGCAGUUCCCUGACGUGCCACAGAAGGAUCCACACCGGAGAGAAACCCUAUAAAUGCUCGGAGUGUGGAAAGAGCUUCAGUAGCAGCAGCAACCUCACGGCUCAUAAAAGGAGCCACUCGGGAGAGAAACCGUAUCACUGUCUGGAGUGUGGGAAAAGCUUCAGCACGAGCAGCAGCCUGACGUCCCAUAAAAGGAGCCACUCGGGAGAAAAACCGUACAAAUGCCCGGAGUGUGAAAAGAGCUUCAGCACAAGCAGCAGCCUAACGUCCCAUAAGAGGAGCCACUCGGGAGAAAAACCCUACAAAUGCCCGGAGUGCGGAAAGAGCUUCAGUACAAGCAGCUACCUGACUUCUCACAAAAGGAUCCACACGGGAGAGAAACCCUAUAUAUGCACGGAGUGCGGGAAAAGCUUCAGCAACAGCAGUAGCCUCACUUCCCACAGAAGGAGCCACACAGGGGAGAAACCCUACAAAUGCCUGGUCUGUGGGAAAAGCUUCCGGAAGAGCAGUAAUUUCUCCUCGCACAAAAGGAUCCACACAGGGGAGAAACCUUAUAAAUGCAGGGAAUGUGGGAAGAGCUUUAGUCAGAGCAGUGACCUUAUAUCCCAUAAAAGGAUCCACACCGGGGAGAAACCCUACAAAUGCAUGGAGUGUGGGAAAAGCUUCAAUACCAGCAGUAACCGUGCUUCGCAUAAAAGGACCCACACAAGGGAGAAAAUCUACAAAUGGAUGAAGGUACAUGUUAACAAAAGCACAAGCAUUUCUAAACGUAGAAGGAUCCAUACCGGAGAGAAACCAUAUAAGUGCACGGACUGCGGGAGAAGCUUUAGGAAGACCACGGCUUUCAUUUGCCACAAAAGGAUUCAUGCGGUGGAGAAACAUUAUAAACUCAUAGAAGGUGAAACUGGAAUAUAAGACAACAGACGUUCUAUUUUUUUCCCCUUUAGAGGAGAUUCUAAGAACCUCAAGAGCCCUUUUCACAAUAAAAUUGCAUAUAAUCCCUUGAAAAUAUAUAAAUAGCGUGUUGAAAAUUCCUUUGGGAAUUUGAGGUAAAAUGAACAUAAUCACUUACAUGUUUAAACCUAAUAUUUAUUUAGAUUUGGGGAAGACAUUCCCUCAUUUCUUUAAUCGCAUUCAUUUAAAUGAAUUUCUGGGACUUUGAAUGUUGUCUUUUGCAAACACCCUGUGAAACUUUGUAACACAAAACGUGAUUCUAGGGAGGUGGAUUUAAUUCAGCUCCUUUGUGUAAUUGUCUUAAGAGUUACUAUCCGAGUCCAUUAUACUGGCACAAAUAAUGUAACGGUUCCCCUCGCACAUGUGAUAGUCGUACCCGACUCUAGGUGGCGGUGCUCAUCUCCC